UAGUGUUCGACGAAAAUGUUUAAGUUAAUACUCAUUUUAAUUUUGGUAGUCUUGGUCGGGGACAGCAUUGGUCAGCGGCCGUAUAUCAUCUAUCCGACGUACCGACCUCCUCCACCACAAGAACCCCUCAUUCGCAGUGCUCGCGCCGUUCCUGAAAAACCGCUGUUACUAUUUCAAGGUAAUCAAAACCCUCAAGAUCCUUCAAGUGAAGACUACGCUUUACUUACCAUAAUCGAUGAUGUGGGGAUGAAUCCAGAAAAAAGAUUAGCACGUAGUUCAAGCUUCAGAGGAGCAGCGGAGUAUCGAAUGAAAAGAAACGUAUAUUUUAAACCUCGUCUACCACCAACGUUUCCAUACCCUAGACCCAGUGGUCCGUUCAUCCCUCGCCCCGGACCACCAAGGCAGCCUUAUCCCAUAUACGCAAAUCACAACACCGAGCAUUGGAUUCAUUUUAUAAUUGGAUUUGGAGAUAAUACUGUUACCUACAAAAUGUUGAGAACUACGUCAUUGAUAUUAUUCGUGGUCGCUGUUCUGAUCCCAUUAUAUUCCUGCGAGUCGUAUAAGUUAAAACAUAAACGUGAUAUUUCCAUUCCUGGAGUUUCUAAACCUACACAUCGGGAUGUUAUCAUUCCUAACUGGAAUCCCCAUGCAAGAACCAGACCAUGGCAAACAAUAGGAGUCAAAACACGCAACAGAAGAAGCGAAGAAAUGUUUGCUAGCCAGGAGGGCGUAUAUCGUAGCCCAAUAAGUGUGGAGUCACUAGCUAGCCACGAAACUGUGUUCCGUAGGCCUAGAAGUGUGGGGCCUAUAGAAAGCCAAGAAACCGUACUCCGUAGUCCAAGAAGCGUUGAGUCACUAGCUAGCCAGGAAACCGUACUCCGUAGUACAAGAAGCGCAGAUUCACUAGCUAGCCACGAAACUGUAUUCCGUAGCCCAAGAAGCGUAGAGUCACUAGCUAGCCACCAGACUGUGUUAUGAGCCCAGGGAACGUGGAGUCAAGCUAGCGAGGUAAAAAUAUAAAUAAGAAGUAUAAAAAAUUUAUUGUUUUUUUUUAUAAUUAUUGUCCAUCUAACUGAUACUGACACCCGUAAAAACAAUUGUAAAGAAAAUAUUACCUUUGAAUAAAGAUAUUUCUAUAA